GGCAUCGUAUACGGUGGUCAGGCCGAGCCAGCGAGCAGACGAAUCGAGGGAAGGAUCUGCCGAACUCUACUUGCCAUGCCUUCUACUAGUUUGUUUAGCUUAAUUUAAUGAGCUAAAUUAACAUUUUAAAUGUUACAUAUGAGCAGAAAUAUGUUCUCACAGUUGAAUAGUCGCCUAUCGGAAACUCCAAGCCAACCCCUGGACAACUCGGUGGGCAAACGUGUGCAAGUGGACUCAACUCUGCAGGAUCGAGAUCAAAUCAAGUCUCUCAAGCCCUGCAGAUAUUCAGAGAUCCCAGCUUAUAUGCUCUACCAUGAGAUAACACUGAUGAGCAUCGGGAAUGAUUAGUACAGGAUCUGAACUCUGAAGAGCCCCAUCUACUGGCUACUGCAGACCCAUGAGUGAGAUGCCCAUCAGUAACAGAGGGUGAUGAAGUUUCUGUUCCUAAUAAUGAGAGAGGCUCUCCUUACAAUCGUGGUGUAACACUUCAAGUAUCCAACAGCUCCUCGGUGAGUCAUCAUGAAGAGAAAGAAGAUAGUUCAAGCAUUUCAAGAAGUACAAUUAGAGCUGAACCUACACAUACGCUAGCGUACUUUGUGCAGCCAUGUAGCAGCUUUGGAUCGGUUCUGUAAUUCUGUUUUAUUUGAAGUGCAAAACAUGGUGAUUUUGAACAGCAGAAGGACUCACAGAAAGAGAGUAAAAUAAUAUUGAAAAGAAGUAUCACUCCUGGAAACUUCAUCAAUCAUGGCUGGGGUGCACUUCUUAAAGAUGAGAGGGUUUCUGCCUGUUCUCACUGUCCUCUUCAUCUGCCUGACCCAGACCAUCUACUCAGCUCCUCUCUCCUCCUACCUGGUAUCAUCCUUUAAGAGUCCUGACCCCACCCUGCCAUUCAACCACAUCACCAUCAACAACAUCACUGGAGAUGUCUAUAUUGGAGCACGACAGAGACUCUAUCAACUCAACUCAGACCUGACUCUCAAACACUCUGUGGAUACUGGACAAUGCUCUAAUAUCAACAACAAUAAACUUCUUCUUGUAGCUCCAUCACCUGAGGAUAAGCUCAUCACAUGUGGCAGCUGUGAUGGUUACUGUGAGACGAGAAGCCUGACUAAUAUAUCACAUGAUGUAGUGAAAUAUGAUUUUGGUACUAUUCAGCGUGUUGUGACAACAUCAGAUGCACCCAAUGUUGGAGCUGUUUUUUUAGGUGCUGACUUUGUAAGCAAUGGUGAGGGUACUGUAGAUGGUGGAUUGUACUUAUUUACAGGGAGCAGUGAUGCUAAUGCUAAUAUUCGAUCUGUCUCAAAGCACAGUCUUGUAGACCUGAGACCUGUACAACGGGUAUCAGCACCUGCAUCUUCUACCACACAGGCAAUUUGUAAACAUUUGAUCACUUACAUGGAAUAUCUCUACUAUUUCAUCUCAAGGGGAGAUUCUGUAUACUUGGGGAGACUGUGUCGUAAUUCAUUAGAUGAUGAUUUUGAAUCCUACACAGAGAUAGAACUACAGUGUGAAUCUCACGAUGGGAUUUACAAUGUGAUCCAGUCUGCUCAUAUUGGACCAGCAGGAUCCCAGCUAGCUGACUCAUUCAGUAUUGAGAGUACUGAUGACCUUCUGUAUGCUGUAUUCACAAGUGAGAGUUCAUCUGCUCUUUGUAUAUAUAAGAUGAGUGAUGUCCUGCAGAGCUUUGAAGAUGCUGUCUUGGGAUGUAUCCAGGAAGACAAAAACGACUUAGGAACAAAAAACGUCUACUUUGGAGACAGCUUUUGUAACUCAUUUCCUGACCCAUACACUCCACCAGAAACAGCACAGUGUACAGCUUAUAUUGAUGAAGAUCCUCCUGUGAUUCUCUACCGGUAUGCCAGUGGUACAUUUCCCCUCUCUGCUUCGCCCAUCUUCACCAUUCCUGAUGUGAUAUGCACCUCCAUUGUGACAACCAUAGAGAGACAACAUACUGUGGCAUUCAUGGGAGAUACACAAGGAUACCUACAUAAGGUUAAUAUUGUGAAUAGUUCAUUUGGCUACGUCUAUGAGAAUGUUCCUCUUGAAAGUGGAUCUGUAUUACAAGACAUAUUUCUUGAUGAAUCUACGGAGCAGAUAACAUUGGCCACAAGUUCAGACCAAGGCUCACAGAUCCUGACAUUGGAUUUGACAAACUGUACCCAAUACCAGACCUGCAAUGAAUGCAUUGGAGGCAAUGGAGGAAAUGCUGGAGACCCUUACUGUGGAUGGUGUACUUUAGAAGCAAGGUGCACAAGAUAUGAGGCAUGCCCCUUACGUGAUGAGUCGACUCGAUGGUUAUCAUACAAUGCUUUACAGUGUGUAUCCAUCUCUGAUGUCCAGCCAAACAGUCUGCCUUAUCAUCAGACACAACAAGAAAUUAUCAUCACAGUCCAACAGCUCCCAGAUCUUAGGAGCACUUUUCAAUACAUGUGUGCCUUUAACUCUUAUGAGGUCUCUGCUACAACUACCGGUAAUACUGUCACCUGUACAUCCCCUCCUGCAAACGGCAUACCUACAAUUCCAGAUGGAAUGUACUUCUUGAACCUGCCUCUGUCUGUUGUCUCAAAUGAAACAAGUGUCGACUUUGUGACCACAGAUUUCUUCUUCUUUGACUGCAGUCACAUUAAAUCAUGUUCAUCUUGUGUUACAACCCGCUUUCCAUGUGACUGGUGUGUUUAUGACAACCAGUGUACAGAUGAUAGCAGCCCAUGUCAGACAGGAGAUACAGUGGUUAUUGGAGAAAAUAAUACUGAUGGUGCUGGAAACAAAGGACAGGGGUUUUGCCCUCAGCUGCUUGGAGCAACAGAAUCGUUUCUCAUACCAGUCGGUAUUCCUUCUGGCUACUCACUAUCUGCAAAGAACCUUCCUACAGAUCAGUCAAAGGGCCAAGUAACAUAUGAGUGCAUCCUUGACAUUGAAGGAAAAGAAGUGAGAGUACCCAGUACCACUUUUAAUGAAACCUACAUUCUCUGCAAUGAUGAACAGUACAUGUACAAUGAAAAUGUCCUCGAGAAGAAUGUCAGUGUCUCUGUACAGUGGAAUGAACAGAACAGCAUAGAUGACCUGUCAGAAACGCAUGUCACCCUUUACAAGUGUUCAGUUAACAGUGGAAGUUGCAGUCGAUGCCUUUCCCAAGAUGCAACUCCAUCCAUCUUGAAGUGUGGUUGGUGUGGUGAUGACUGCAAUGUCGUUCAAAGUGAAGUUUGUAAGAACAACCAGUUUCUCCAUCAGAAUGAGACACAUCUAUGUUCAGCACCAGUGAUCACUGAUUUUGACCCCUUGUCAGGUCCUAUUAAUGGCCAAACAAGAUUAGAAAUCAUCGGAACUGACAUUGGAGUGGUAUUUGAUGAUGUACUUCAAAUUUUUAUUCAAGAUUUGGAGUGCGAUUUGAACAACAUGGGCGAAUAUUACCAGCCAGGACAGAGUGUAAGUUGUAUGACAGCAAUAUCUACUGAAGUAAUAUCAGGAGGCAUUGAAAUCACGGUGGUGUCAGGGGAAGGAAACAAGACAGGACAGAGCACUAAAGAAUUUCAGUAUAGGGAUCCUGUGAUCACAGGGUUUGAUCCUAGAGAAGGACCCGUGGCAGGGGGUACAGAAAUCACUAUCAAUGGCAUGUACUUGGACACUGGAAGGGACAUUACUGCAAGUUUCAGAGAUGCAGAUUGCGUAGUGAUUUCUGUUCAAGACUCAUUCGCAACCUGCAUCACAAGCAGCAUACCAGAGAAUGAACAGGUUACUGUAACCUUGGCCAUGACAUUUGAUGGAGAAGAAAGACCUUUCAGCGAUUACACCUUUACCUACAUGCCAAAUCCAAGGAUUGAUAAUAUUGAUAGGACAACAUCUAUCAUGUCAGGAGGUCUUGAUAUCACACUAACUGGCGUUAGAUUUGAUCUGAUCCAAGAACCCAGGAUUAAUGUUACCUCUCUCACGACUAAUGCAAGCAACUCUGAGCUCUGCAAUGGAACAGAAACCAUUCUCAAAUGUCCAACACCAAGUUUUCCUGAUGAUGCUAUCCCUGCUAGAAGAAGACGAGCAACAGACGAUGCAAUGAUCGCAAAUUUAUCCUUUGACUUUGAUGGAAAUGUGAUUGAUGGCGGCACAAUUGAAUAUUUCCCAGACCCUGUGUAUGUAAACUUCAGUGGGAACAGCAGAAUUUAUAAGAGUGCUAAUAAACGACUCGAGAUUACAGGCAUGGAUUUAACCUUGGCAAGUACAGAAGACGAUGUACUAGUUUUGUUAGGACCUGAUGGAGAAUGCACUGUUGAUGAUCUUGGAAUGAAUGUCCUGCGUUGUCAGCUACCAGAUGUCCAGCCUCAAGCAGGAAACUUGAAUGGAACACUAGGUCAGGGAGAUGCAAAGAAUCUUCCAGCUGUGACAGUGAAGCAUGGAAAUCUUUGGUUUUACCCUGGAUUUGUUCAAUAUUCAACCAAUACUGGACCCUCGAUUGGGCUCAUAGUUGGACCUACUGUUGGUUCUCUAGUGGUAAUCAUUAUUGUCAUGGGUCUUGCUGGAAGGUUCUUGGUCAAACGUAGACAGAAAGCUAUUGAUCAGCAGGUGGAUGAGUUGGAACUUCUUGAAAAAAAAAUUCAGAAUCGUGCAGAAGAAGCCUACCACAACUUGCAGGUUGACAUGACAGAAGUUGAAGACCAGGUGAAAGGUCUUGGUAUUCCAUUUGUAAACACCCAGGACUAUGCCCGAAACAUGCUCUUCUCAGGUCUGGAUAUCCUCCCUGCUACCGCUGAUCCAGAGUACUUGGAUGCAGAUCUAGAGCGAGCAAUGAUCACAUUCUCCAGACAGCUGAAUAACCCUGACUUCCUCGUCAAGUACAUUCAAGAGUUGGAAGAGAGGAGGAAAUCUCAGAGGAGAGACCGAGUCAACAUCGCAUCACUUAUUACAGUUAUUCUGGUAUCAGAAGGGAACUUUGACUACUUCACUAAGAUCCUCAAAAGAUUAUUGGAAGAUCAGAUCAGUGAUGCAUCAGAUACUGGAAGACAACUCAAGUCUCUCUUUCGAAGAACUGAAACAAUUGUUGAAAAGCUGCUGGCCAACUGGUUUUCUCUCUGCAUGUACCAUUAUCUUAAGAAACAUGUUGCCAAGUCACUGUACCUGUUAUACCAAUCUAUCAAGAUUCAAGUUGAGAAGGGACCCAUUGAUAUCAUCACUGGACAGUCUUACUUCUCACUCAACUUUGACUGUCUCAUAGAGGAGGAUGUUCCUUAUGAAGAAAUGUCGUUGUCUGUAGUUGGUGCUGAUGGGCAGCAUGAGUACUAUGUUACUGUCCUCAGCUCUGACUGCAUCUCUCAAACUAAGCAGAAGAUACUGGAUGCAGCUUACAGAAGACAGCAUUUUGUCAAGCAGAGUAGAGCUCAUGAGUUGGAUCUCUUGUGGUACCAUCCUGGUGGAGAGCAGAGGAUCUUACGUGAUCAAGAUGAAUACAACACACCAACAGAUACAUCUAUGGCUGUACAAGUAAAUACACUCAGGAGUGUUGGGGUGACAACUGAUUGUCGGAUGGCGAUGAUCAAUAAAGUUGGUAAUCUUGAAGGCCAUACUGGAAGCUAUACACCAGUCUCACCUGGAGCAAAGUCGUUCUACAUUUAUGAGCAGCAAGGAAAUACUGAUGUGAGAGAUAGAGACUACACUAGGAUACAGACACAGAGAGAAGGCUUCCAACACUGUCAUCUGCUUCCAGAAGAUCACCUGCAGGCCAAUGGUGAUCCAUCAAAGACCAAGCUAGAUAAGGAAUUCUCAGCGCCCCAUUUGCUAGUUACAAAGAAAACCAUCGAGCCAUUCCUGAACCAGUUCCUGGCAGCAGUGUUUGAGAAUCCAGACCUUACACCUGUUACCAUUAAGAAUUUCUUUGAUUUCUACGAUGGAAUGGCUUCUAAAUACUGCCCUAAUCACCCACAAGACUAUUCAGAAGCCUGGAAGAGUAACAGCCUUCCUCAGCAUUACUGGGUAACCACUCUGACUCACCCAUCGUACAUCUUUGACAUGCGUCAAUCACGUUCUGCUGAUCAGAGCGUGUCUGUCCUGGCUAACAUGCUAGACAAUGCCUGUAAGAAGAUCAUCCCAGAAAAAAAUCAAGACUCGUCCCUGAAUCGAGUGUUAUUUGUCAAGGAUCUACCAAGGUACAUCAGAACUAUCAGUGAUUACUAUAAGAACCUGGCUUCCCGUCCAGAACCAACACAUAUCGAGCUGCAGGGAGAAUUCAAUAGGCUUGGACAGGAAUUCUCUGGUCUUUUCAGCCGUGUUGGAACCCUGAAAUUGCUCUAUGACUUCACCCAUCACGACACUGCCGGCUUACUUGAUUCAAUCACAGAGAUGAUGUGAGCAGAACCAUAUGCAGCUUAUUUCAAGUGUUCAGCUGCUGUUGUUCAUCACUUGUAUUAACACACAAAAAGUGAGCUAAAUGGAAAGAUGCCUAUAAGGCACGAUUUUGAUAAUACAUGUAUAUAUGGAUUAUCUUAUUUGAAAAGGGGCAUGCUUUUUCCCUUUGACAAAUCUUACCAA